CUAUACCAUUCUGGCUCCUACCGCCUUGCCACGGGGCUUUGUAGAUGCUAAAGUUGCCACUGAGAAGCUGGUCGCCGCCAUCAAUCUCGAUGAGGGCGAGCACAAGUUUGGCCACACUAAGAUCUUCUUCCGCGCCGGUGUGCUGGGUCGUCUGGAGGAGAUGCGCGAUGAGCGCCUGGCGAAGAUCAUCACCUGGGUGCAGUCCUGGAUUCGCUGGUACUUCGUCAAGAAGACCUUCAAGAAGCUGCAGGACCAGCGCAUCGCCCUGCUGGUCAUCCAGCGCAACCUGCGCAAGUUCCUCACGCUGCGCAACUGGCUCUGGUGGAAGCUGUACUCGAAGGUGAAGCCGCUGCUCAAUGUGGCCCGCGUCGAGGACGAGCUGAAGGCGCUGGAGGAGAAGCUGAAGAAGGAGCACGAGGCCUUUGAGAAGGAGGAGAAGCUGCGCAAGGAGCUGGAGGUGCAGAACGUCAAGCUGCUCCAGGAGAAGAACGACCUCUACCUGCAGCUCGAGUCGGAGCGCUCCAGCAGCGGCGACGUCGAGGAGCGCCUGAUGAAGGCCAUCUCGCAGAAGAACGACCUCGAGAGUCAGCUCACUGACUUGCAAGACCGCCUCUCCCACGAGGAGGACGCCCACGCCUCGCUGAACUCCUCGAAGAAGAAGCUCGAGGGUGAGAUCUCCAACCAGAAGAAGGAGAUCGAGGACCUGGAGCUGGCGCUGCAGAAGGCCGAGCAGGACAAGUCCUCGAAGGACCACCAGAUCCGCAACCUGAACGACGAGAUCGCCCACCAGGAUGAGCUGAUCAACAAGCUGAACAAGGAGAAGAAGAACCUGCAGGAGAUCAGCCAGAAGACGGCGGAGGACCUGCAGGCCACUGAGGACAAGGUGAACCACCUGAACAAGGUCAAGUCGAAGCUGGAGCAGACGCUGGACGAGCUGGAGGACAGUCUGGAGCGCGAGAAGAAGCAGCGCGCCGAGAUUGAGAAGAACAAGCGCAAGGUGGAGGGCGACCUGAAGCUGGCGCAGGAGGCGGUGGCCGACCUGGAGAAGAACAAGAAGGAGCAGGAGCAGAACCUGCAGCGCAAGGAGAAGGAGCUCCAGGCGCUCGCCUCCAAGCUGGAGGACGAGCAGGCGCUGGUGGCGAAGCUGCAGAAGCAGAUCAAGGAGCUGCAGGCGCGCAUCGAGGAGCUCGAGGAGGAGCUCGAGGCUGAGCGCCAGGCGCGCGCCAAGGCGGAGAAGCAGCGCGCCGAUCUGGCCCGCGAGAUUGAGGAGCUCAGCGAGCGGCUGGAGGAGGCCGGCGGCGCCACCUCCGCUCAGGUGGAGCUCAACAAGCGCCGCGAGGCGGAGAUGAGCAAGCUGCGACGAGACCUCGAGGAGGCGAACAUCAACCACGAGCAGACGAUGUCGGCGCUGCGCAAGAAGGGCAACGACACCGUCACCGAGCUCAGCGAACAGGUGGACCAGCUGAACAAGGCCAAGCAGCGACUUGAGAAGGAAAAGCAACAGAUCAAGUCUGAGUUUGAUGACCUUAAGGCCAGCGUUGACCACCUCGCUAAGGACAAGGCCAACACCGAGAAGCAGAACAAGCAGAUGGAGAUGCAGCUGUCCGAGGUGACGGGCAAGCUGGACGAGACGAACCGCACCUUGGGCGACUUUGACGCCUCCAAGAAGAAGCUCGCCGCGGAGAACGCCGAGCUCCAGCGCCAGCUGGAGGAGGCCGAGUCGCAGGUGAACCAGCUGACCAAGCUCAAGAGCUCGCUCCAGACGCAGCUCGAGGAGGCUAAGCGCACCGCCGACGAGGAGAGCCGAGAACGCGCCUCGAUCCUGGGCAAAUUCCGCAACCUGGAGCACGACCUGGACGGCGCCCGAGAGGCCCUCGAGGAGGAGGUCGAGUCGAAGGCGGACAUGCAGCGACAGCUGGCCAAGGCCAACGCUGAGAUCCAGCAGUGGCGCACCAAGUUCGAGAGCGAGGGACUGGCCCGCCUGGAGGAGCUGGAGGAGGCGAAGAAGAAACUGGGCGUGAAGCUGCAGGAGGCCGAUGAGCACAUCGAACAGCUGAACGGCAAGUUGAGCGGCCUGGAGAAGACGAAGCAGCGUCUGAGCGGCGAAAUUGAGGACAUGUCAAUUGAGGUGGAGCGAGCGAAUGCGCUGGCCGCCACGCUGGAGAAGAAGCAGAAGACCUUCGACAAGGUCAUCUCCGAGUGGAAGCAGAAGACGGACGACCUGACGGCGGAGCUGGACGCCUCGCAGAAGGAGUGCCGCAACUACUCCACCGAGCUCUUCAAGCUGCGCGCCGCCUUCGAGGAGAGCCAGGAGCAGUACGAGGGCGUGAAGCGCGAGAACAAGAACCUCCAGGAUGAGAUCAAGGACCUGCUGGACCAGCUGGGCGAGGGCGGCCGGUCGGUGCACGAGCUGGAGAAGUCGCGCAAGCGCCUGGAGAUGGAGAAGGAGGAGCUGCAGGCGGCGCUGGAGGAGGCCGAGGCCGCUCUGGAGCAGGAGGAAAACAAGGUGCUGCGCGCCCAGCUGGAGCUGUCGCAGGUGCGCCAGGAGAUCGACCGCCGGCUGCAGGAGAAGGAGGAGGAGUUCGAGAACACGCGCAAGAACCACCAGCGCGCCCUGGACAGCAUGCAGGCCAGCCUGGAGGCGGAGUCGCGCGGCAAGGCCGAGGCGCUCCGAAUGAAGAAGAAGCUGGAGAGCGACAUCAACGAGCUGGAGAUUGCCCUCGACCACGCGAACAAGGCCAACGCCGAGGCGCAGAAGAACAUCAAGAAGUACCAGCAGACGCUGAAGGAGCUGCAGGCCGCCUACGAGGAGGAGCAGCGCGCCCGCGACGAGGCCCGCGAGCAGUACGCCAUGGCGGAGCGCCGUUGCAAUGCCCUGCAGGGUGAGCUCGAGGAGAGCCGCCAGCUGCUGGAGCAGGCCGACCGCGGCCGCCGCUCCGCCGAGGCCGAGCUGGCCGAGCUGCACGACACCGCCAAUGAGCUGUCCGCGAACAACGCCUCCCUCUCGAUGGCGAAGCGCAAGCUGGAGGGCGAGAUGCAGGCGCUGCAGGCCGACCUCGACGAGAUGCUGAACGAGGCGAAGCAGAGCGAGGAGAAGGCGAAGAAGGCGAUGGUCGACGCGGCCCGGCUGGCCGACGAGCUCCGCGCCGAGCAGGAGCACGCCCAGCAGCAGGAGAAGCUGCGGAAGAACAUGGAGCAGACGAUCAAGGACCUGCAGGUGCGCCUGGAGGAGGCGGAGGCGGCGGCGCUGAAGGGCGGCAAGAAGACCAUCCAGAAGCUGGAGCAGAAGGUGCGCGAGCUGGAGCAGGAGCUGGAGUCGGAGCAGCGCCGCCACGGCGACGCCAGCAAGAACCUGCGCAAGUCGGAGCGCCGCAUCAAGGAGCUGCAGUUCCAGGCGGAUGAGGACCGCAAGAACUACGAGCGCAUCCAGGACCUGGUGGACAAGCUCCAGCAGAAGAUCAAGACGUACAAGCGGCAGAUUGAGGAGGCGGAGGAGAUCGCCGCCCUCAACCUCGCCAAGUACCGCAAGGUGCAGCAGGAGCUGGAGGACGCCGAGGAGCGCGCCGACAUGUCGGAGAACGCCCUCGCCAAGCUCCGUGCCCGAAACAGGAGUUCUGCUUCCGCCACGCGCGGCGUCAGCCCUGGCCCAAUGCAGAAGCCCCGACCAAAGGCACGAGCUGAGGACGAGUAA